AGUGGAACUUGGAAGUUCUUGCCGAAGGGCUGAGCUUAGUGACAAACAAUGACAAACACAAGUGUUGGGUAACACGAUGAAAGAUCUAUCCUUACUCAAAAUGCAGAUGGUGCUCCGGUCUGUCAGGGCCUCAACGUGGUGCUAUGCUAGCAGUUCAAGGCACCAAUAAGGCGACCAACCACCAUCCCAACCACCAGACGUGGAAUCUUCAAUACUCUUCUCUAAUACUCAAUAUUCAUACUAUACGAAAUGAACCUCCAUCAACAACUCUCCAUCCCAUAGGCCAUAUUAUUAUCCCAGAUCAUCCUCAUCCUCCAUCAAGUCUUCCCGCUCCCCAUCCUCAACCUUCGUCGCCCCAUCUCCAGCCUUCAUCUAAGCGCCCUCCACUUCCCGGCGCUUCCCCUCGACCACUCACAUCCCCCGGAGCGUUCGCGGCUGUUGGUUUCAACAAAUUCUCCAAACUCCCUCCAGCGCGUGGUAAUUGGUAUAUUCGACCUACUAUGAAGUGGAGAGAUGAAUUAAAUGUAUACCCACGCAAGCGCCGGGAGCAGGUGGCGUUACUCCAUCGGUGGUGGAUGGAAGCGGUUUGAGGUAUGUACAGGGUGAUACGGUUUCAUAAAGAGACCAAGAAUUGAAGGUUUCAUAUCGAGUAGAAUAUAUCCUGCGUUGAUUGUAGAGCCUCAAUUUUCGGAUGGCCUCUUUCUGGACUGUCUGCCUAUUUUUAGAUGCAUGUUCGUCCUUUGUAGAGUUGGGAUUCUGGCUUCAUAUUUCCUCUUUUCCUCAGUCUCUUUUCUUUUCCUCUUUGGCUCCGUCUGCUGCAAUCCUUCUACAUGUCA